UAACAAGCUUCCCACUUUGGUCCCGUGCGACUCCCCAUUCAUGCGUCCGGGCUUUGGCUUUAUGUAGUUUUCACUUCCACUUUGUGCAAAUGCUUCAGCCAAUUUAGACUCGCAGUCUUGUAUCUUCUUAACAAAGACACUGGAAGAAAGCAUUUUUAAAAACUAAAUCCAUCCUGCAGACUUGUUUUCCUCUUUACGCACCAGAGGAGCAUGAGCUUUUUGGAGCGGUGACUUACAUGUGUCGGUUCCUGAAAUGGCAAAACCUUUAGAUCACAUCAAGAGACCCAUGAACGCCUUCAUGGUUUGGUCCAGAGGCCAAAGGAGGAAAAUGGCCCGAGAAAACCCCAAGAUGCACAACUCUGAGAUCAGUAAGAGACUCGGCGCGGAGUGGAAGAUGCUCUCCGACUCUGAGAAGCGGCCGUACAUCGACGAGGCCAAGAGGCUGCGGGCUCAGCACAUGAAGGAGCAUCCGGACUACAAGUACCGACCCCGGCGCAAACCCAAGAGCCUCCUGAAGAGGGACCGCUUCGUUUUCCCGCUGCCGUCUUUACUCGGGGACGCAGCGGAGCAAUUGAAGGGAUUUUCUAUCGACUCUUUUCUCGUCCCGGGAGAUAAAGCCAGAGCUCUCCUCGCUCCCGCCUCCUCCUCCUCCUCCUCCUCCUCGUCUUUCUCGCUCCUGGAGCCGGUGGCGCAGUUCAGCACCGGAGCUGUCCAGCGGAUGGCCGAGAUCCCGCACACUCUGGCCGCAGGCGCUCUGCCCUACAGCGCGCACACCUUUGGGUACCAGACUGGAGGGUUUGGGGCUCUGGCUUGCCCCGGACAGCACACCCACACCCACCCGUCGCCCUCCAGUCCCGGGUACGUGGUGCCGUGUAACUGUAGCGCCUGGUCCGCGGCCAGUUUACAGCCUCAGGUGGCUUAUAUUCUGUUCCCCGGAGGGAUGACCAAGAGCGGCAUGGACUCGUACGCUUCAGCCGGCUCCAGUGUGUGAUGGAGCGGAUAGACGCACCGUCACUAUGGGAAAAGUUUGCGCACAGAACCUCCACCUGUUUUCAGACAAAACAACAAAACUGUGAUAUUAUAGUGUUUCUGCAGAUAUGAAAAACUUUAAAUUACACUCUAACAAUCGCAAUGUUGCUCCCGAUUCCAUGUAAAUACAGAGAGAAGACUGGGAGCUUAAUGUGAAGAUGCUAUUUUACUACUUGAAAAACUUGAAAAAUUGCUCAAACUAUUCAAAUUAAAGCGUCCACUUCUCGUGCUUAAUAUUAAAAUUACUGACCAAAUGCACACCAAUACACAAGCUGAUGCAUUUUUCAUUUAUGUUACUGACAAAGCUUUCUGACAAAUUUUUUGAGUAAUUUUUUGGGCAGUAUGUUUGAAUAUCUGUCUCAGUAUGUAGGCCUGUUUUUUAAAUUACAAUUUCAAGUGGAAAAAAUAAAUGUUUACAGAAGGACUGUCUUAUAAAUUGUAGUAUUUUUUUUAUUCUUUGGA